UGGUGAGAGGAGCACCGUCUUAACGUAAUGAGAGAUUAGUUUGUGCAGUCUCAAAACGUAAAUCCUGGAAAUUAAGUUUUACCUCCAAAUAAAUUCCCUUCGUUAUAGCAUGUUUUAAUCGUUCCUUCAUAAGCAGAUACGCUUCCCAUCCCCAUCACCCUGACACGAAGCAGCAGACAUGGUGGAGCCAACACACAAGUUUGCAUCCCUAGAAGAGGAGAUGGGCUUCUGGAAGGAGCAGGCAGAGGCACAUCAGCAAAGGGCUGAUGAGGCUCAGGAGGAGCUGCAGGAGUUUCAGCAGAUGAGUCGAGACUAUGAAGCGGAGCUGGAAACGGAGCUGAAGCAGUGUGAGACUCGAAACAAAGAUCUGCUAUUAGACAACAACCGACUACGCAUGGAAUUGGAAAACAUAAAGGAAAAAUUCGAGACGCAGCAUUCUGACACUUUUAGGCACAUAUCAACCCUGGAGGAAAAUCUGGCACAAACCACAGCAGUGAGAGAUCACCUGCAGAAAUACAUCAGAGAGCUAGAGCAGUCCAACGACGACCUGGAGAGGACUAAAAGAGCCACCAUCAUGUCUCUGGAGGACUUUGAGCAGCGGAUGAACCACGUCAUAGAGAGGAACGCUUUUCUGGAAAGCGAGUUAGACGAGAAAGAGAACCUGCUGGAGUCUGUGCAGAGGUUGAAGGAUGAAUCCAGAGACCUUCGGCAGGAGCUGGCUGUGCGUCACAAGGACAGACGGCCGUCCAGCAGCCUGGGCAAAGACGCAGACCUGCUGUGCCCCCCCUCCGGUAACACUGCCGUCCCAGUAACACCCGCCAAGCCCAUCAGCUCAUUCGCUACCCCCCCUCCUUCCAGUAUACGGCGAGGCGAUGGUCUAACGGGGACUCCCCUCACCACAUCUGCUAGAAUAUCUGCCCUCAACAUUGUCGGGGAGCUGCUCAGAAAAGUUGGAAAUCUGGAGUCAAAGUUGGCGUCCUGUCGAGACUUUGUGUACGACACGUCUGUCAGCAGACCUGCACUCUCAGCUGGCCCCGGUAGCCCCUCUGCUUUAGAGAGGGGGUCCGACGUCCAGGCGAGCAGCAUGAGCCCCCCCCCUCAGUACGACAGUCUAGUGAAGCGGUUAGAGUUCGGACCGGCUCCUCCUCGAGGCGUCUCCCAGGGCGCCCAGUCUCCGCAGGGAGGAGUAAAAAUUCUACUAUGAGGGGAAAGAAGGAGACCCACCUCCCUCCUUCAAUAACCUUCCCCACCCCCACACACACACUGUCCCCUCUCCAUCCUUAAUACACUUCAGCAGUGGGACUUUGAACUAAACCGUCUUCCCUUGUCGCAGCGUGUCCUGCUGAACUAUUUUGAAAAAGGACGCCACUCUCCUCGCUCCGUGCCCUACAUUCCCAGCGCAUGGACUCCAGCUGCCUCAGGCUACAGUCACGCCGUAUCUAUCACAGGAAGCAGCGUGUGUGAACUCGAGGAGCGCAGAACCUACCCUGCUAACUCUUCUUCUGAAUAUCUGUGGCACUGUGGUAGGUAGCAUAUUAAAAAAACAGGGCUGUGGAAAUGUUACUCCUCCCCAAAAAGACAUUUAUGGGGGUCGAUGCAUCAUGACAUUAUCAAUAACGGCAUAUGACCCUGAUAAAGGACCAAGAACCUGGAGUUUAAUUUCUAGAAAAGGUUUGAUAGUAGAAAAAUAUUGUUAAUGACCAAAUCCAAACCAAAGCUGAUCAGAGAUAAAAGGGAGGGUUUAGAGGUAUUUUCUCUUUGAAUCUGAUAUUUAUAAAACAUGGUAAGACUUCAUUAUUUCAAUAACACAUCUGUUUUCAUUCUUUAUGCCUGAAUUAUGUAGCAACAUCGGCAUAAAUUAAAGGUCCCAUGACAUGCUUUUUUUUACCCGU